AUGUGUGCAUCUUGUGUGAACCCUAAGAAACUGAUUUUUAACCCUAAGAGGUUGAGAAUGAAAGGGGUUGAUCGGGUUGUGAAGCUGAUUGAUGAAAAGGCGGUUGUUUUGUUCUUGACAGCAGCAAAGGUAGGGGGUCUGUUGAUGUGUGGGGUAAGUGAGGAAUUAGCAUAUGAUGGUGGGAUGCUAGUAACAGAAACUGUUAUCGAACGUAAAAAAGCAAUAUUGGGGGUGAUUCAUGCUAUGAGAGAUCAUGAUUUGAAAAAUAAAAAUCGGAAUGUUGACUCACUGCUUGACUUUUUGAGUAGUGAGGAUGGAUAUGAUGAUGAUACUUCUUCUGAUAAUGGAAGGAUGCAAAGGUUAAGCAUUGAAGGUGAAGUUUCUGAAGCUGUGCCUAUGGAGAGAGAUUAUCCUUAA